CAACACCCGCGUACAACCUGAGAAAAAACGUUAAAGACACGACAAGGAGAAGACAUGUAUGCGCUUGUGAAAUGGUGUGCCGGGGUCGAUGAGGGGAAAUUUAGUAUUGUUCACAUUAAAUACAUACGAAAUUUUGAUCUGGGAAGUUUUCUAAACGGCGUGAUUACCUACGAAGACGAAUUUGCCGUCGAGUGGGGUGUGGGAAAACGACCAAAAGGUGGAUUCCCCAUUUAUAUGGCUACCUUCAAUCAGUUGGAGACAUGAAUACUUUGGAGCGAAAGUUGGACAAACGUUCGAAGAAAGAUUCCGAAGACGCCAUUGUGGGAAAGAGAAUCCGUGUUGCCAAACGUCUGUGGGAGGAUGAGGAUGACCCCCCCUACUGCCGUGGCCACAGUCAGUGGAACCAAAGCUGCCAUUCACAAUCAACGGGCAGAAAUCCUAGCUUCCUUGGAAGAACAAGCAGAAAAUAGUGACAACGAGCUCUCACUUGUACGUCAAGAAUUGCUAGAAAUAAAAAAAUUCAUCUUCAGAGAGAUACCUCAGAUAAAAGAAAUGCUCAAUAGCUCCAUGCACCUCGGCAGUCCAGGAUCUCUCCCCAGCCCUUCAAACCCUGUUCAAAUAGAAGAAAUUGUCCCGGGUUCAGGUGUUUACGUACCGCGAAGUGUGUGGCGCUCUGCUUGCCAGGCAUCCAGUGGGACUUCAAUGGCAAGGAUUUUGCUGCUUGGGGUGUUUGACAUUGAAACACUCGUCAAAAGUAAUUUGAGAGGAGGGGAAUCCAAGGUUUGGAAGGGGGGAGAUGGGGAGAGAAGAAGCGGCCUGGAUGAAAUAAAAGUAAAAGCUAUAAUGGAUGCAGUUAUGUCAAAGCACUCGGCUGUUUCGACUGGCCAGAUCGGAACAGCCCUGAAUGGGAAGAUGGCAGAGCUAAGACUGGCAAUGUCCAGGAAAAAUGUUACUUAAAAAUGAGUUAAAAUGAGAAAUGUGUUUAAAAUUAAAAUGAGAAAUGUGUUUCCCCAGUGAGUGAGUUUAGAAAUGUUUGAAAAUGUUUGAAAAUGUAAUAGAGGGAAAAAAGUGAGCACUUUGAAAAGGUUUUAAAAAGAAAAUAAAGUCUAAAGUUAAAUGAAGUAAAGUUUUUACUUGAAAAGAUUGUACUUGUUUGUACUUGUCAAGUAUUUUCUGAAAAAAAAUUCAGUAAAGUUUGUAUUUGAA